UUUAUAAAAGUAAUAAAAAAAAAACAACAAAAACAAAAGAACAAUAACCUAAAAAGCUGAGAAAAAUGAAAUAACUGUAAUGGAUGAAAAAUAUUGUAAAUAAAGUCUGUUUUAGUCAAAUAACUUCACCUAAAUCAGAUCUGGCGGGCAACAAGGGGCGGUCCUUGGUGAGCACCAGUGCGCAUGCUCGUGAUUGGACGCACGUGGUUUGUGUAAGCACGGCGCACGCACGCACGCGUACGCAAAGAAGAGCUACAGAAAUGGCGACCGACGGUGGCAGCUCGGCGCUGCAGCUACCCUGCGUUUUCUCACCCAAAUCACGACAGUACUUGGCGGUGUGCGCCCAGGACGGGAGACUCCGCAUUUGGAAUACAGACAGCAAGACAAUAAACCAAGAAUACGUGCCUUCAGCUCAUUUGAGUGCCACUUGCACGUGCAUCGCCUGGGGACCAUGCCGAACAGUGAAGGAGGGACCUCAGAGGAAGAAGAGGAAAUCGGAGGCGGUGCAGGUGGAGGAGAAGGCUGACCUGUUGGCGAUGGGCACAGCAGCUGGCAAUGUGCUCAUCUACAGCACUGCAAAGGGAACUCUCCACUGUACUCUGGAUGACGCUCACAGUGCAGGAGUGAACUGUGUCCAGUGGCAUCCUGAAGACGGCGUGUUGUAUAGCGGCUCAGACGACACAAACGUUGUGGAAUGGGACCUGCAGUCAGGAAAGAUGAGGAGUAAGUGGAAGGCGGACCGCGCCGCUGUCACCAGCUUGUGUGUCAGUCCAGACGGUAAACUGCUGCUGUCAGCGGGUCAUGUGAUCAAGAUGUGGGACCUGGAUACCAAGGAGCUCUACAGAAAAUUCACAGGGCAUUCAACGGCCGUGACGACCCUGCGCUUUGCCACCACUCGACCCCCCGACAGCAACGGCCUCUACUUCGUGUCCGGUGCGGCGCACGACCGGCUGAUCAGUGUUUGGCAAGUCCGAGAAGACGGUAAGGACAAGAAUUCAGUCGUGUCGUUCACUCUCACGGAUGAGCCGAGACACGUAGACCUCGUCCCAUCCAACAACAAGGAAGAGGCUGUGAGGCUGGCUGUGGUGUGUAAGGAUGGACAGCUGCAUCUGUUUGAGCACUUUUUGAAUGGACCCUGUAAGAAGCCCUUCUCGCCCUCCUGUUCGGUGCAAAUGGCAGACACCAGGGAGUCUCCGAUGCCCAUCCCCAUGUUGGCGGCUGCGCUCGGGAGGGAUUCGCGGUCUGUGCUACUCGCCUACGGAAACCACCUUCAGCCCGCCAUCGAACAAGUGGAGAUCAACACCACAGAGAGACACGUGUGUUUGAGCAGAGACGUGAAGACCAGCUUGUCUCUCACCAUGGAGAGCACCGUCUCAAAGGUGAAAACUCCAAUCGUCAACGCCAAAAGCAAAGUACUGGCGCCUGGACUUCCUGGUCACCAAGCUCCACUGAAAGGAUCCCAGCGUGAAAAAGCAUCGGAGAAAAGAAAAAAGGACUCCAAAGAGAUGUCAAUAGCGGAGAAACUUGGCGAGAUGGAUCUUUCAGCCCCCUCCGGCGAGAAGGUGAAGGCCUCCUUACAGACGGACAAUUAUGCCGUGCUGUUAGUGCAAGGUCUGGAGAGCAACGACGCCGACAUCCUAAAUAAAGUUUUACAGACCCGUAAAGAGAUGAUCAUAAAGAAGACGGUUGCUCGGUUACCGCUCUCUGCUGUUCUUCCAUUGGUUAAAGAGCUCACAAAUAGACUUCAAGGACAUCCUUUUGCGGGAAUGCUGAUGGUUCGGUGGCUCAAGGCCGUUCUCAUGCACCACACAUCGUACCUGGCGUCUCUGCCGGACCUGGUCACUGAGCUUGGAGUCCUGUAUCACAUGAUUGAGAGCAGAGUAAAAAUGUUCCACAAGCUCACGAAACUUCACGGGAAACUUUCCCUGCUGAUGACGCAUGUGGCGACAAGUGACAGCAGCAACAUGGGCUCUGAGGUCGACCACACAGCAAAGCUGGUGUAUGAAGACGAGUCAUCUGAUGAAAACGAAGCCUCUGGUGACGAAGCUCUUCCCGAUGAUGACUCUGAUCACUGGGAGGAAGAGGAGGGCAUGGAGGAGGAAGAAGAGAAGGAAAGUUCAGAGGAGGAAGAUGAGGGCAGCAGAACACAACCCAAAGCAAACGGAGAAGAAGACAUGGAGCAUGAAAAUGAGAGCGAAGAAGAAUGAAAACAAACAAAAAAAUAGUUGAUUCUACAUAAAAAGGACCUGAAAGAGUUAUAUAUACUUUCAUUUUAUUUUCAUGCCUUUGAUUUUAUUAAUAAAAAAGGGUUUUACAGAAUCAAUGGACGCGUCGAAGUGAGGCCAGAUGAGCCCCGCCCCCUCGCCUCAGCUCCUCUAAUCUUCCGGCUACGGUCCGAGCAACUUUCAGUUCAAGUGAAAGUUCAAGCUCCGCCCCUGCUCCUCCAUCACAGCCGUACAUCCCGGAGAGUUUGCCUUUGGAACCACUCCUCGGUUUGGUCAGCGUGCCCGCUCUCCUGCAUUCCAAAUUCUGUCCUAAAACGGAGCUCAUUGUUUGUUCAACCGUCUGGGCCGUUUGGACGCCGAAGCUUGUAGUGCUACUAGUACUGAGGUGGAGUCGGGAUGCGGACCCCAUCCUCACUCGUCUGUUGAACAGAACACCAGAGCGGGCGGCAUCAUGUUCCCACACAUGUAAAUCUGUCUGUACAGUAAAGGGUUUGUAUGAUGGCAUCCCUCCACAGCUUCCCCUGCUAAUGUUGGUAUUAAAUGAACUCCUGUAAAGUCUUCUGAAGGCGGGUUUUUUAUUGUUUUAUCCAAAUGUCAAAGGUUUCUUUUAAAUGUUCAUUUCAGUUUCUGGGCAUGUUCCCACGCCCACUGCCUCCAACCCACGAGCACAGGGGGGCGAGUAAAUAUCAACAAUAACUGUCAAGUUUGCUCCUCCUGCUGAAUAAAUGAGUUUUUCAAAU